ACAACAUCCAGAGGGUUUCCAAAAGAAGUGUCCCUGUUAGACAUGUGCAUGCUAAAUCGCAAAUCCUCCGCUCAUUUAAACACUCUCCGUAUUUGUUGUAGAAGACAGAUUUCCUUGGGAGCCCUCUAGCUGCUUCUGAAUCAUGAGUGGCUCCAAGCCGGACAUCCUGUGGUCUCCCCACCACCCGGAUCGAUAUGUCAUCUGUGACUCUGAGCUGGGACUGUACCGUAUUGGACCUGUGGGAAGCUCAGAGACCAAGGCUGGCACUCUCCCUCUCUCUGAAGAAACUGCUGCUACUUUACUAGCCAUUAAUUCUGACACCCCGUACAUGAAAUGUGUGGCCUGGUACCCAAAACAUGAGCCUGAGUGUUUGCUCGCUGUGGGCCAAGCUAACGGCAGAGUGGUGCUCACCAGCUUGGGUCAGAGCCACAACUCCACAUGUAAAGAGCUUGUUGGGAAAGAGUUUGUACCCAAGCACGCCCGUCAAUGCAACACUUUAGCCUGGAACCCUGUGGACAGCAACUUACUGGCUGCUGGGUUGGACAAGCACAGAGCAGACUUCUCUGUCCUCAUUUGGGACAUUAGCAGUAAGUACUCCCCAGAGGCCAGUGUAUCCUCUGAGAAGAUUCGUCUCUCAUCUGUGGAUUUGGACUCGAGCUCAGUGGUGACCAAACCAUUGUAUGAGUUAGGUCAGAACGAUGCUUGCCUCUCCCUCUGCUGGCUGCUUCGUGACCCAAAGCUGCUGUUGGCUGGCAUGCACCGGAACCUGGCAAUAUUCGACCUGAGAAACACGAGCCAGAAAACAUUUGUCAACACUAAGGCCAUCCAGGGGGUAACAGUCGACCCGCACUUCCAUGACCGCGUGGCCUCCUUCUACGAGGGCCAGGUUGCCAUCUGGGAUCUGAGGAAGUUUGAGAAGCCCGUGCUCACGCUCUCUGAGCAGCCUAAGCCUCUCAUUAAGGUGGCAUGGUGUCCGACCCGUAAUGGCCUACUGGCCACUUUGACUCGUGACAGCAACAUCAUCCGCCUGUACGACAUGCAGCACACUCCUACACCCAUCGGCGACGAGACGGAGCCCACCAUCAUCGAGCGAAGCGUGCAGCCCUAUGAAAGCCAGAUCGGCAGCUUCGCCUGGCACCCGUCCUCUCAAAACCGCAUGGUGGUGGUCUCUGCAGCCAACCGGGUCAUGACUGACUUCACCGUGUUCGAACGUAUCUCGCUGGCCUGGAGCUCCACCACCUCGCUCAUGUGGGCGUGUGGCAGACACCUGUACGACUGCGUGGAGGACGGAGCUGAAGGAGUGGACAGCGUGAUUGAGAAAGACAUCGCCACUAAGAUGAGGCAGAGGGCUCAGUCCAGGUACGGGCACGACACCGUCCAGGUGUGGAAGAACCACUUGUUGGCGGGAGGGAGCGACCCCCAGCUCAAGUCACUUUGGUACGAUCUCUUUUAUAUGAAGCAGUGUGCAGAGGACAUUGAGCUGAAGCUGCAGGGGAACAAACAGUCCGUCGUCUACUCGGGGAUCAAGAACAUUGUUAAGACCACCUCAGGCACGACAGAGAGUCGCAGGUGCUGGAGCGGCUCAGAGCGGCAGUCAGACGUCCCGCGGUACCACAGCGAGGAGCGCUGCCUCUCCCUGAGGCUCUGUGGCUGGAUCAGCAGGGGUCCCGACAUCGAUGUGGAGGUAUUCCUGCGAUCCCUGGAGCAGGAGCGGGAGUGGGAGCGGGCGGCCGCCGUGGCUCUGUUCAACCUGGACAUCCGCCGGGCCAUCCAGAUCCUCAACAAGGGAGCCACCGCCGAGAAGGGUGACCUGAACCUGAAUGUGGUUGCCAUGGCUCUGUCCGGCUACACGGACGAGAAGUCCUCCCUGUGGAGGGAGAUGUGCAGCUCUCUGAGGCUGCAGCUGAAGAACCCCUACCUCUGCGUCAUGUUUGCCUUUCUCACCAGCGAACCUGGAGCCUAUGAUGGCGUGCUGUAUGAGAGCAGUGUUGCUGUGCGGGACCGAGUAGCCUUUGCCUGUAUGUUCCUCAGCGAUGCACAGCUGCCUCGAUACAUUGACAAAUUAACCAAUGAGAUGAAGGAGGCGGGAAACCUGGAGGGCGUCCUGCUGACGGGUCUGACCAAAGAUGGCGUGGACCUCAUGGAGAGCUACGUGGACCUCACCGGAGACGUUCAGACCGCCAGCUUCUCCAUGCUGAAGGGUUCUCCAGGUGAAGUGUUGAAAGACCCCCGAGUCCAAUGCUGGAUCGAAAACUACCGCAACCUGUUGGAUGCGUGGCGAUUCUGGCACAAACGGGCCGAGUUUGACAUCCAUAGAGGCAAACUGGACCCCAGCUCCAAACCACUGGCCCAGGUGUUCGUGAGCUGCAACUUUUGUGGCAAGUCUAUUUCCUACAGCUGCUCGGCGAUGCCUCAUCAGGGCCGCGGAUUCAGCCAGUACGGGGUCAGCGGCUCGCCCACCAAGUCAAAAGUCACCAGUUGCCCCGGUUGCAGGAAACCGCUGCCACGCUGUGCCCUCUGCCUCAUGAACAUGGGCACACCUGUCUCUAACUGCCCAGGAACAGGGAAGUCAGACGAGCGGUUGGACUUGACAAGGGAAAACAAACUCGCUCAGUUCAACAACUGGUUCACCUGGUGUCACAACUGUCGUCAUGGCGGCCACGCAGGACACAUGCUCAGCUGGUUCAAAGACCAUACAGAGUGCCCAGUGUCUGGUUGCACGUGUAAAUGCAUGCAGCUGGACACCACAGGGAACCUGGUGCCUUCAGACAGCAGCUAAACAGGAGAAGCUUGUCGGAAAGUGAAGUCCAACACCCGCCCAAAGCCAACCAGCGUGGGUUUACUGCUACACCCACCACACCGACAACUGGGCAAGGGACGAAGGGUGCAAGCAGGGUCCUUUUCUGCAGCAGCUGCUUAAAUAGAAUGGGACGCUGUUAAGUUAUAGUCUAGUGAAUGUAAUGUUGUAACUGAGCCCUAUAUGAAGAAGGGAGGCAGUGUGUGUGCGUGUUAUGGUUUAGUGUCAUCUAGUAAAAUAAAUCACAUUUCAGCUUGUAAAGAUGUGCUCAAAGGUGCCAAGAUGUCCAAGAUAUAUUUAAUUUUCUCGUGUUUUAAUACACUUUCUAACGUCUGUAUUUGUCUUAAGAAAGUAUCUUCACAUACUUCAUGAAAGCAUUGUCCGGGGUGAAGGGCGGUCCCCCGGGGGCCGGAGCCACACUCUCUUUAUGUUCUUCUGUGCCACUCUUCAUCUGGCAUUGUGCGGGAUGGCUUCCAGUGUGAGGGGUGGUUAUGGGGUAUAGGAUGGGGAAUGGGAUAAGGUAGGGGGUGAAGGGUGAUGAGGAGGAAGGGUGGGAGGGUGCGUCUGUAUUCAUCAGCAGACUCCAGGCCUGUGGUCCAUGAAAGAAGCUCGCCAGAAAACAGCAGCUGCUCGGCACUCUAACAAGACCCUCCAGAUUGUUCCCCCCAUAAAGAACCUCAGCUGCCGGAACACUAUUGACUCAAAGAAAGAGCGAGAGAACAGACAGCCUGAGCCCUGGACCCCCCCCUCGUACAGCCUUCGACAUACACAGACUUGCCCUCUCUUUCUUUCUCCCUCUGUGGUGCCCAAAUUGCACCCAAAAACUAUGCACACCACACAUCAAUCCAAGGAUGGGUGCCGUCUGUGGGGGGACGGCCGUGUGUAAGCCGCAUUGUAAAUGGGUUUACUCUCUUUCUCUGCCACCCUCCCCGCUCUGUCACUAACGUAGGGAGGCAUUGUUAGUGAGAGGCGGCCUGCACCAGACCUGGCUAAAUCACUUAGUCAUGGAGGAGGAGGAGGAGGGUGCACAGGAGCUACUGUAUACUGCUUUCCCCAGGAUCUUUUCCCGGUGUGGGAGGUUUUAUAGGCCUGCGUGCCCUUUUGUGAACUAUUUUGGAGUGUAGCUGACAAAUUGGCGAGCCGUGUUGCGUCCCAAAAAACAGGGUGGCUGGAAUUUCACCCUUUCAGUGUUUCUUUUAAAUAAAUUCCGACUGACAAAUCGGAGCACUGCUGAUUGGGUUGUUUUCCAUGGUUUAUUUUUACAUUAUCAGUUUCAUAGACAGAUGGCGUGGGGUUUCUAUCAUGUGCAUUCUUUAUCUUCGCUUGAAAGCAUUGAGUCACCUUAUUCUCCCAUGGGAACUCCCACAGAAUCACAGACCAGUGCAGGCAGAAGGAAGGACAGCAUUGAAUAACAAUAGAUUUUGGACCUCGGAACUAGGCAAAUAAUACAUCUCCUUAUUAGAUUGAAAAUUCAUUCUUGAGUUUGAACAGCUUGUAUCAACGCAAUCUUACCUCAAGGUUCAUUAGUAGAUGUUGCAGAGCUUUAAGUCUCAUCAUUAUGUUUCUCAGCAGGUGGCGUAUGCGGAAAAAAUGCUCCAUAUUGGAUGAUAUUACAAUGAAAUUCACUCUUGACCUUAAAAAAAAAAGUUGAUCAAUAUAAUUAAAAUCAACCUUGGUGGUCUUGUUUGAUCAAGCUUACACAGGCUUAUCAAAGAUAAGCAAAUACAUAUAUAAGUAUUUAUGAAAGAACAUUGUACUGCAUGGAUUCUACAGGUCAAACGAUGUCUGUAAACUGUAUACAAUGCUGUAAUAAAUACAUGUUUAUCAUU